UAGGCAUCUCUGGGUUUCGACGUUCGGAACAUCAACGCAGAGAAAACUUUGCUAAUAACUAGUAAAUAAUAACAAAUACAAUAUAUAAAUCAUGAACAAGCUAAAGUCAAGCCAGCAUCGUGACAAGGUGAAGAAAUUUAUCUCACUAACACAGACAGGCGAACAGACAGCCAUUUUCUGCCUGCAACAGAAUGAUUGGAAAAUGGAUUUGGCCAGCGAUAACUAUUUUCAGAAUCCUGAAUACUAUUAUCGUGAGCUCGAUCGCAAGCGUAUCGAGCAGCUAUUUAUGCGCUAUCGCGACCCAACUGAUGCCCAGAAGAUCAGCUCAUCGGGUGUCAUAAAAUUUCUUGAGGAUCUGGAAUUAAGUCCUGACUCCAAACUUGUGCUCAUCAUUGCCUGGAAAUUCCACGCAGAGGUGCAGUGCGAGUUCUCGCGGGAUGAGUUCAUUAAUGGCAUGUGUGACUUGGGCAUAGACAGCAUAGAGAAGCUCAAGUCGAAAUUGCCAUUGCUGGAACAGGAAUUGAAUGAUGCUGGCAAAUUCAAGGAUUUUUAUCAUUUCACUUUUAAUUAUGCAAAGGAUCCGGGCCAAAAGGGCAUUGAUCUGGACAUGGCCAUUGCGUAUUGGUGUAUUGUGCUCAGCGAUCGUUUCAAAUUCUUGGGCAUCUGGUGCAAGUUCCUCGAAGAGAAACACAAACGUGCAAUUUCAAGGGACACUUGGAAUUUGCUGCUGGAUUUCGCCACCAACAUCGAUGAUCGGAUGAGCAACUAUGACGCGGAGGGCGCUUGGCCCGUGCUAAUUGACGAUUUCGUCGAAUGGUGUCAGGAGAACAACCACCUUGCCACAGAUCAAACGCAGCCCACGCAGCAAUCAACGUCCCAGAAGAACAUAUCAAGCGCUUACCAGACUUCGCAUAGUACAAAUAUGAAUUAUGGCUAACGAUUGUUGCUUUAUGUAUACAUAUAUUCUCAUUAAUUAUAAUUUUUUUUGCUUUUUAUUCGGAUUAUUUUAAAUAAUGAAGAUAAUAAGCAAUGCGAGUUAAUUUACAAUAACACUUCGAUAAAAGGAAAGUAAAUAAAAUUAGUAAAUGUAACCAGCAAA